GAUGCGGUGUGCCAGGGCUGGGGACAACGCUGGGGUGGACGUGGCACUACAACGGGGUGCCAGGGUAGACCUAUUAGAUAAAGACUCAUCUGGAGGAAAUGGAGGUGGGAGGGCAGCCCUCCACCACGCCGCCGCCGCCGGCCACCUCGAUGUUGUCAACCUCCUCCUCGACUUCAAGGCUAAUGUCAACAUCAGGAGCAAGAUGGCGGGCGAUCAUGGUGCAACGCCCCUCCACCUGUCAGCGGCAGGCGGCCACAUCGAAGUGUUAGAACAUCUGCUCAGAGCACAUGCAGAUAUUGAGGCAGCCGACGACAAAGGGAAGCGAGCCGUGCAUUGGGCGGCAUCUAAGGGACAACAGAGAGUUCUCCAGGUGUUGAAGGCCCACGGGGCCAACCUGCAGGCCAGGGCACACGGAGGCGCUACCCUUCUCCACUUCGCUGCUGCCGACGGCGACCUCAGCCUCGUCAAGUGGGUGGUUGCGAGCGGGGUUAAGUGCCAGGCCAAGGACAAGAAUAACAGAGUGGCCAAGGAGCUGGCCAAGAGUCGCGGCCACAGCGACGUCUAUCGCUACCUGAAGGAUCACUCUCCCAAGAAGGGCAGCCUGUUCCAGCUGAUGACAUCGCCUCUGAGAAGCUCUGGACGGAACAGCAAGAGACACAAGAACCGACAGCCAGGGAGUGGUGGAUGGCAGGGAGAAGGACCUGACAUUCCAUACACUCUGGACAUCCCCCAAGAGACAGAUGUGGAACCCAUGACCUUAGCUACGAUGGGUGUAAGAUCAACGGGUUCAAACAUGGCCGCCCAUGGAUCAGUGAGCCAGGAUAGUACCGACUCCAGACAAGUAAAUUCAAGCAAGAUGACUUUGAGGCGGCAUCAAGCUCAGACAAGACUGAUUAUGGAGCAAAAAUGA